UGUUUUCGCCCCCGCCGUUCCAUUCGUUCGGCGAAAAGCCGACGCUUUUGAUUUAGGGUUUUAGGAGCUCUGUGGAUUUGGUUUCCCUUCCACUCUCCGAUCGAAUCGAGCACUAUCCCGCGCGAGAAAUCUCCCGCGCAACUCCGCCUCUCGCAGAUUCUGAGUUAUAGUGCCACAACACCUUGAAACUAUGGUGUGCGUUGGUUCAAAAACUAUUAAACGGAAAAAACUCAAACCGAGUUCAUCAGAUACUGGUGAUGAGGAAGAUACAUCUAAGCGGCGAGGAAGGAAGAAGGGUAAGGAUAAGAAGCCCAGAGAAGGCCAUUCUAGGCUUCCUGAGGGGAGCUCGUCGAAGAAAAGGCAGAAUAGAAAGAUAAAGGAGAAGAAUUUAGGAAAAAGGCCUCAUGAUCGAGUUAAAAAUGACCCUUCAGAGGGCUCAUCAAAGAGCGGCAAUGGCAAAAAUCUGAAGUCUUCAAAGAACUUCGAGCCAUCCAAGCCUGUACAAUCUAUUCUUAGGAAAAGGGUGGAUCCAGAAACUGCAAAGUACUUUUCAGAAAUUGCAAAUCUCUUUGAGAGUAAUGCAAUAGAUUUAGAGGACCGAGCAACCAUAUGUGGCAAUGCGUUGGAAGAAACUAGGGGCAAAGAACUUGAGCUUGCCACCGACAUUGUAAUAAGCCGUACCUUGCAGAAUCUUCUUGAAGGCUGUGAAUUGGAUCAACUGUGUGGAUUUCUCCAUAAUUGUGCAGAGGUGUUCGCAACAAUUGCGAUGGAUAAGUUUGGGUCCCAUGUGAUCGAAACAGCUCUCAGGUCUCUUGCCAAACAUCAAGAUGAGCGAUCCUAUUGUUAUAUUGAAGAGACAUUGCAUUUGAUGUGUCAGGUUGUUGCUGCUGAUGCUGCCAAUGUGAUGCAAAGCCGCUAUGGAUCCCAUGUCCUCCGCAGUCUUCUUUGUCUUUGUAAGGGAGUUCCUUUGGACUCUUUAGAAGAAUAUCAUACUACUAAGCCAUCUGCUGUUCUCUCUGAGCGGUUAAAUCCAGCUAAAUCAGUUGACAAGAACCCUGGGAGAUUGGAGAAUGGCUUUAUCGAUACAUUUAAAUUCCUUGUAAGGGAAACUCUGAACCAUGCCAAAGAUGAGAUCAGCGCUUUGAGAGCUGACAAGUACAGUAGCUUUGUGUUGCAGACAGCCCUAAAGUUGUCAGUCGGGAAUGAUCAAGAAUUGAUUCAUGCAAUUUCAAUUCUUCUUGGGGGCCAUGAGGAAAAUGUUUCACAGGAAAAACUAAUUGAUUCUGAAAGAAAGCAGGAAAUAAUGGUUUUACUUGGAGACCCCGCUUCCAGCCAUUUACUGGAGGUGAUAAUUGAAGUUGCACCAGAGACUUUGUAUGCUGAGCUUCUUACUGAAGUGUUCAAGGGAUCAUUGUUCGAAAUUUCAUCUCACCCUUAUGGCAACUUUGUUGUGCAAGCAUUGAUAGCUUCUGCCAGAACUAGUGAUCACAUAAACCUGAUCUCGGAGGAGCUCUGUCCGAAGCUGAAGGAACUGCUUGAACUUGGGAAGCCAGGAGUAGUAGCUUCCAUCUUAGCGGCAUGUCAGCGUCUUCAAGUGAAUGGCCGUGAGUGCUGUGAGGCUCUUGCUGCAGCGGUAAAUUCAGAUCCCGAGUCUCCUAGCCAUGUUGUUUCCCAUAUCCUGUUCCUUGAGAGCUACUUCAGGGAUAAGGCUGAUUGGGAAUGGCCACCAUCAGGCAAGAUGAAUGUCUUGGGCUGUUUGAUGUUGCAGACCAUAUUUAAGUACCCAAAUCAAUAUAUUCGGCCGUACAUUGCCAGUAUAACUUCUAUGGAUGAUGCUCAUAUCUUCCAAACUGCCAAAGAUGCUGGAGGAAGCCGUGUUCUCGAGGCUUUUCUUUCUUCAGCGGCCUCUACAAAACUGAAGCUCAAAGUAAUUGCCAAAUUACGAGGCCAUUAUGGAGAACUUGCCCUGAAUCCUUCGAGCUCAUUCACAAUUGAGAAGUGCUUCAGUGCAAGUAAUGUUUCCCUAAAAGAGACUAUGGCUGAGGAACUGGUCGCCGUGCAAGCUGAGCUCUCCAAGACAAAGCACGGUCCUUAUAUAUUAAAGAAGCUGGAUAUUGAUGGAUUUGCAAGAAGACCUGAGCAGUGGAAAAAAAGCCAGUCGUCGAAAGAAGCUGCAUACAGAGAAUUUCAGGCCACAUUUGGGUCCAAAAAUGAACAUGGAUCAAAUGAACAGCCACCUGAAUCAUCUCAGAAAUCCUCUAACAGAAGGAAAAGAAAGGAAAAGGCGAGUGAUGAUACUGAUCAUGGCGAUAAUCUGGCCAAUGGUUUGUCAUCUUUACGCUCAGAAUUUCCUGGGCUUGCGAUCUCAAUGGCUAAGUUAGGGUUCCCGAUGGACAAGCAGAGUACCAAGAAACGGAAAUUUGCAAAAGAAACUGCUGGUGAAGAAGCUGAUGGGAAGAAGAGGUUCAUUAGAAGUGGUGGUAGUAACACAUCCUUUCUGAGGGAAUCGGGCAAGAGAAAAUCCUCAGGAACUGAGCUUGCUGAUCUGGCUUGUAAGAGUACACUGACUUCAACAGAUGUGCGCGAACUGUUCAAACCGUCGACGAAGAAUGAAAACUACCAGUCUCAAGGUGCCAGGGUUCCUUUCUUGAAGAAGCAGAAAAGAUGAGUCAUACCGAUGGGGAGAGAUGAAGCUUCUCCUAUUUUAAGUUCUUAAGAGGCUAAUAAAUGUAGAUUACGAGAGGAGAUUUUGCUUUCAACCUUUGUGUAACUCUGUCGCUGAUCUUUAUCACAAAGAAUUUUGCUAGAAGAAAUUAUCCAUUUUGUAUUUAAUGUAUUGUAUUUCACAGCGAAAGUCUAAACCGAAAGAAACGAGCAAUAGAUUCUUGUGACGAAAUAAUGAUAAUGCUUUCGCAGUUAAUAUAA